AUUUUGUCUUAUGCAGCAUCGCGAUAAAGACAGUGGUAAAGGACAAAGUCGCCAUGCAUGGUAUGCAAUAAAGUAAGUAACAUAAGAGAUCAUUAAUGGCAUUUUACUUAGUCGGUAUGCUACCUUGCUUGCUACUUAGGUAAUUGAAAAUACUGUGAGUGUUAAAACACGAGGAACAGAAGAGAUAAUGUUUCAGAGGAAGAGUCAAAAUAUCAAGUACUUCCUGAGUCUUGUGCCAGGGAAACGUCGCUUUGGAGUGUACAGAUUUCUGCCCGUCUUCUUCUGUAUUGGAGGUGUGAUGGAAUGGGUCAUGAUCAACGUGAGGAUAGGAAGGGAGACAUUCUAUGAUGUCUACAGAAGAAAGAAGUCAGAGAGGGAAUACCAGCAGAAGAUCGAGGAUGGAUUGAUUGUACUUACUAAACCAGUAGCCAAGUGAAUUACUGAACCAGUAGCCACUAUAAUGGAAGUAGAACACUUGAGAUGUGAUCAGGACACAAACACUGGUGUUUGCAAUGCAAUGGACUUGAGGCAAAAAUGUCUGGAUGGUUCAAAAGACUGAUAUUUAAUGUACGGGGAAAAAAUGUUUGUUUAUUUAUGUACUCUUUGUGAUACUGAGCUUGGAUGAAACAUUUUUCAGAGCCAAAUGUGACAAGGUGGUAUUUGUCUAAUAAAAGUUACAUUACUCCGUG